UCAGUAUUGGUAGUUAUGAGUAAAGGCACAUCCCUUUCGGUAGAGAAACCAGAUAUUCUAGUAUCACCAAAUGGCGACUUCUCUGCUGGCUUUUAUUCCGUGGGUGAUAAUGCCUAUUGCUUUGCCAUAUGGUUUAGCAACUCACGCACCGUAGUUUGGAUGGCAAAUCGUGACCAGCCAAUUAAUGGUAAGCACUCAAAGCUCUCUCUCCUCAAAAAUGGCAAUCUGAUCUUAACUGAUGCCAAAAAAUUAAAUGUUUGGACCACAAACACUGUCUCACUCUCCUUUGUCCAAUUAUUUCUCCACAACACUGGUAACCUUGUUCUAUGUAACAAUGAAGGUCUUAUUUUGUGGGAAAGCUUUCACUUCCCUACAGAUACCCUUCUCCCUCAACAACUACUCACUAGAAACACAAAGCUUGUCUCUUCAAGAAGCCAGACCAACUUUUCCUCCGGUUUCUAUGAGUUUUUAUUCGGAAACGAUUACCUUCUUCACAUUGUUUAUAAUAGUCCUGAUGUUUCCAGUAUUUACUGGUCUUCUACAUGGCCUGUGUAUAACAUUAGUAGAAUUGGUGUCCUUAAUUCCUUAGGGAACUUUAGUUCAUCUGAUGGUUUUACUUUUAUGUCAUUUGACUAUGGAGCAGUGCUUCAUAGAAGAUUGACACUUGAUUAUGAUGGUAAUAUUCGAUUGUAUAGUUGGGAAGAGGAGGGAAAGACUUGGGUUGUUUCAUGGCAAGCCAUUCAAACACCUUGUAACAUUCCUGGUGCUUGCGGGGCCAACAGUUUGUGCAGUUAUGUUAUUGGUUCUGGCCGGAAAUGUUCCUGCCUUCCAGGAUACAAGAUGAAAAAUCAUAGUGAUUGGGCUUAUGGUUGUGAACCCCAAUUUCAUCUCUCUUGCAACAAAAAUGAGUCGAAAUUUCAGCUAUUGUCCCAUGCAGACUUUUACGGGAAUGAUUUUGGGGUCUUCCUCAAUUACACCCUCGACCAUUGUAAGGAUAUAUGCUUGAAAUCAUGUGAUUGCAAAGCAUUCCAAUACACCCUUCGCCAUGGUUAUACAAUUUGUUAUCCUAAGAUGCUAUUGCUGAAUGGAUCUCGUUAUCCAAAUUUAAAUGGAAACAUCUAUUUGAAAUUGCCAAAAAACAAAUUCUUGUCCAACAACAAUCCUCUAGAAGAAUUCAGUUUAAAUUGCUCAAGUAAAAGUACACUACAAAGUAGUAAAUACAAUGAAAACGAGACAGUGAAAUUCAUGCUUUGGUUUGCCUGUGGAGUAGGAGGACUUGAAAUCAUCUGUAUCUUUGUGGUGUGGUUUCUCUUGAUCAAAACCCGAAAAAAAUCAAGUGCAGACAAGGAAGGUUAUGUUCUUGCUACCACUGGAUUCAGAUAUUUUACCUAUGCUGAGCUAAAAAAGGCCACAAAGGGUUUUACUGAAGAGAUUGGAAGAGGUGCAGGGGGAAUUGUAUACAAAGGGGUGUUGCCUGACAGUCGAGUUGCAGCAAUCAAGCGUCUCAAUGAAGCCAACCAAGGAGAAGGUGAAUUUCUAGCAGAAGUAAGCGUCAUUGGGAGGAUUAACCACAUGAACUUAAUAGAGAUGUGGGGUUAUUGUGCAGAGGGAAAGCACAGGCUUUUGGUGUACGAGUACAUGGAGCACGGUUCUUUAGCAAAAAACCUCUCAACUAAGACACUUAAUUGGGAGAAAAGGUUCAAAAUUGCUAUGGGCACUGCGAAAGGCCUAGCCUAUUUGCAUGAGGAUUGCUUGGAAUGGAUUUUACAUUGCGAUGUAAAACCUCAUAAUAUACUUUUGGACUCUACUUAUCAACCAAAGGUGGCAGAUUUUGGCCUGUCAAAGCUACAAAAUAGAGGUGUUCUUAAGAAUUCAAGCUUCUCAAAAAUAAGAGGAACCCGUGGUUAUAUGGCUCCAGAGUGGGUUUUCAAUCUACCUAUUACCUCCAAAGUGGAUGUUUAUAGCUAUGGGAUUGUUGUGCUAGAAAUUGUGACCGGAAAGGGGCCAUCAAGGAGUGUCCAUGCUAUAGAUGAUGGUGGGGAGGUAGAGCACAAAAGGCUGGUUACGUGGGUGAGAGAAAAUAUGAAGAAAGCGGCUGCAAAUAUUUCCUCACUUGAAAACAUCAUUGAUCCAAUGUUGGAAGGUAAAUAUGAUAUGGGGGAGAUGGAAGCUUUGGUUCAAGUUGCUCUACAAUGCGUAGAAGAAGAUAAAGAUGCAAGACCUACCAUGAGCCAAGUAGUUGAGAUGCUCUCAUACCAAGAAAAAGAUUCAGUCCCAUGA